UUGGGAAGGAGAUAUGCUUUACUUUGCUUCUCUCCACUGGUGGGAAUGGGAUGCUCAAGCUGCCAACUUUUGCCCCCAUACCAUCUUAACUGCUAUGGUGGCUUGGCAUCCUUCCAUCCACAUUUAUGCUCUUCACCAGGAAUGGAAUAUGCUGCCUAAAAGUAAAGCAACAGCGCACUGAAAACCAAAGGUCCUUCCAUCCACAUCCUUUUGCCUUCUCCCUGCUGCUACAGCCAGCUACUCUGCAUUCUGCGGCUGGUGUAGGUUCACAGGCUGCGCCGGAGGACGAUCAGAGCCCUAAAAGAUUUCACUUGACCAGCAAGCUCAAUGGCGAUGGUGUUGGAUGCAUUUUCAUCCUACUUGGUUGAUCUGCUCAAGCAGGUGGUACAGGAUGAGGUGGGAACAAUGCUGGGUGUCUCCGGUGAGAUCGAUAAGUUGGGCGACAAGCUUAAGGACCUCAAGAACUUCCUAGCCGACGCCGAUCGGAGAAACAUCACCGACGAGACUGUUAAUGUCUGGGUGGGGCAGCUCAAGCGCGCCAUGUACGAAGCUGCUGACAUCCUUGACCUCUGCCAGCUCAAGGCCAUGGAGCGUGGGUCUUCCUCCACAUAUGUAGGGUGUUGCAAUCCCUUGCUCUUUUGCAUGAGAAAUCCCUUCCAUGCUCGUGAGAUCGGCACCCGCAUCAAGGCGCUCAACCAAAAGCUCGACUCCAUCAAGGAGCGGAGCGCUGCUUUCAACUUCAUCAAUCUUGGCUCCUAUGAGGGUUGUCAUAGCAGCAAUGCCCAUGCCUCUCGUCAGGGUAAUCCUAGCCGGGAGACAUCUGGGGAGCUCGACCGGUCCAGUAUGGUUGGGGACAAGAUCGAGGAAGACACAAGAGCACUGGUUACCCAGAUCACGCGCUCUGGAAAUGAGGCCAGCAACAACAGUAUGGUGGUUGCUAUCGUAGGUGUUGGUGGGAUUGGCAAGACCACCCUCGCCCAGAAGGUCUUCAACGAUGAGGCCAUCCAAGGUGACUUCAGCAAAAAGAUAUGGUUGAGCGUCAACCAGAACUUUAGCGAGGUUGAGCUGCUGAGAAGAGCCAUCAUUGAAGUCAGAGGAGACGCUCAGCCAGUUGGAAAUGCAAAGGCCACGCUUCAACGAACCCUCAAGGAAGCCUUGAUUGGCCACAAGACCUUCUUGAUAAUGGAUGAUGUUUGGAACUAUAGAGCAUGGGAGGAUGUGCUCAAAACGCCGUUAGUCAAUGCUGCUGCUCCAGGCAGCCGUGUCCUCAUCACCACUAGAGAUGAAGGUGUAGCCCGAGGGGUGUCAGCUAUAUGGCCAUACCACCACAUCGACACAUUAGCACCCGACGAUGCUUGGUUAUUGCUCAAGACGCAGGUACUCUCAAGUGAGAAAGAUGAAGACCACAUCAAUAUGCUAAAGGAUAUUGGAUUGAAAAUUAUACAGAAAUGUGGUUAUUUACCACUUGCUGUUAAUGUAAUGGGAGGACUCUUGCGUGAAAGAGGGGGCCUACGCUGUGACUGGCAGCAGGUUUUGGAUGAUUCAGAAUGGUCAACAACUAAAAUGCCUGAAGAGCUCAACUAUGCAGUAUACUUAAGCUAUGAAUAUAUGCCUUCUUACUUGAAGCAGUGCUUUUUAUACUACUCUCUUCUUCCUAAAAGUAAGGCUUUUAGUCUGGAUCAAGUUGUUGCGAUGUGGAUAAGCGAAGGAUUUAUUCAUGGACACUCUAGUAAUUUAGAAGAAUUAGGAAGAAACUACUACAAGGAGUUGGUAUCUAGGAAUCUUAUUGAGCCAGAUAAAUCAUAUUUUCAUGAUCUAUGGGUUUGCAGCAUGCAUGAUGUUGUUCGCUCAUUUGCUCAAUAUAUGACUAAAGAUGAAGCACUCAUAGCUCACGACAGAGACAAUGAUAUUGUUAGUGAACUCAGUUCACAAAAGUUUCUUCGGUUGUCCAUAGAAACUAGCCGAUCUCAAUCAGAUGAACUUGACUGGAAAUCUCUACGGGCGCAACAAUCAGUGAGAACAUUAAUCUCAACUACCCAGAUCAAGAUGAAGCCUGGUGAUUCAUUGGUUACUUUUUCAAGUUUACGGACUUUAUAUAUAAAAUCUGUAGAUGUGACUAUAUUGGUUAAAUCGUUGCAUCAACUCAAGCACCUGAGGUAUUUGGAGCUAAUAAGUACUGAUAUAUCUGUACUUCCAGAGAACAUUGGCAAGAUGAAGUUAUUGCAAUUCCUUAGACUUGACCAAUGUGUAAAUUUGGUAAAUCUUCCUGAUAGCAUUGUGAAGCUUGGCCAGCUGAGGUUUCUUGGGCUUCCCUACACAAGUAUGAUACCUAGAGGGCUCUUUUGUCUGACAAGUCUGAGGAAACUGACUGGGUUUCGAGGCCACAUGGAUGGUGAUUGGUGCAGUUUGGACGAGUUGGGUUCUCUUUCCCAACUCAGACUUCUCAGUUUACAUUAAU